AUGGAAACCGAAAACGACGGGAAGUUGCCUUUCCUGGAUGUCUUAGUCAGUCGCAGAGAUGACGGAUCCCUAGGCCAUCGUGUUUAUCGCAAACCUACCUAUACUGAUCGCUAUCUACACAAGGACUCUAAUCACCAUCCUCGACAGAAGAGAGGUGUAAUGAAAACUUUAUUCGUGAGAGCCAACAGAAUCUGUGAACCGACUGCUAUCGAGCAUGAAAUUUCCCACCUCACAAAUGUUUUCCAAGCCAACGGUUUUUCAAAGCAAGAGAUCAAAAGAGCCUUCCACCCCAAAAUAAAAAAACAGCCACUUAAAGAAGAUCCGAUCAAGUCCACAGCCUACCUCUCCUACGUUGAGGACGUCACUCAUAGAAUCGAAAGACUUCUGCGACGCCACAAUAUCAAGACUUUUUUCAAACUCACCCACCGAACCAGCGACUUAUUACGAUCUGUGAAAGAUGCAAGAGAUCCCUUGUCCGCCGCAGGUGUUUACAAGAUCCCCUGUUCCUGCGGAUCUACCUAUAUUGAUUUAGCUGCUUUAGCUUUGUAA